AUGCAGUUGGAAAACCAAUGGUUAUCCCGUUAUCCCAAACCAGAACGCUGUGUCUAUGACCAAGGCGGCGAGUUCUUGGGAGAAGACUUUCAAAAAGUCUUGAGACGCCACGGGCUUCACCCUGGUGGCUCAACAGUCAAGAACCCACAGUCCAAUGCUGUAUGUGAACGUCUCCAUCAGUCUAUUGGCAAUGCUCUCAGAGCAAUCAACCAUGACAACUAUCCUCCAAAGAAUGCUGCAGAAGCAGCUGAGCGAAUCGACUCUGCACUGCAGACAGCAGCAUCUGCAGCACGCACUGCCAUGCAUACCACAAUGAAACUAUCUCCAGGCUCAAUGGCCUUCCAUAGAGACAUGAUUCUCAACAUUCCUCUCAUUGUGGACUUUGAGCUUUUGCGUCAACGACGUCAAGCAUUGAUUGACCGCAAUCUCCUACGUGCCAAUGCUAAGCGCAUUGACUUUGACUACCAGCCAGGUCAACCAGUCCUGAAGCUGUCUGAUAAUCCCAAAGCAAUGGAACUUAGGGCACAUGGGCCCUACACAAUCACCCGUAUCCAUACAAAUGGCCCGGUCGUUAUCCAACUAGAUAACAAUGUAACGGAACGAAUCAACAUUCGCCGCAUCAAACCAUACCGUACUUGA